AUGGCGAUCGGAGCAGCACCAGGUUCCAAUCAGCCUCGUGACACGAGCAACAUACUCGAGAACGUGUGGGCUAGCAUCAUGACAGGGUGCACCCCGAAGACGUCGUCGGUGGUGUCAAUGGCCAGCGAGGAGGAGAAUUCGGCGAUCUUGCAGAGGUUGCCGAGCCUGGGGAGGUGGAUAUCCAUGGGUGCCCAGGAGUGGGACGAGCUGCUCAGCGGGCCGGCGCUCGCGUCCGAUUCCUCCGGCGAGCUAAAGCUCGUCGCCUCGCCCGGGGACCAAGACGGCCACCGCCAGGUCAUCGUCGUCAACAGGACGACGACGUCGUCGUCGGCGGCGGCGGCGUGCAAGAGCUACCGCGGGGUGAGGCGGCGGCCGUGGGGCAAGUUCGCCGCCGAGAUACGCGACACGCGGAGGAAAGGCGCGCGGGUGUGGCUCGGGACGUUCGCGACGGCGGACGAGGCGGCGCUGGCGUACGACAUGGCGGCGCUCCGCAUGCGCGGCCACCGCGCGCACCUCAACUUCCCGCUCGACACGGUGCGGGGGCACCUGGAGCGCGAGCUCCGCGCCGGCCGCUCCGACCAGACCACGGCGACCCGCGUGCUGCGCCGCAAGAGGAGAAGAAACACCACCACCGACUCGGCAGCAGCAAGAAGCGCCGUCCUCGCCGCCGACGUGAUCACAGCGACGAACCGUGACCAGAUGCUGUCGUUCGCUUCAGAAAGCGACCAAAUCUCAACGCAAAAAUGCUCGACAGGUGACGCAGGAGCGAUUGAUUUCGAUGAGAUCGGUGGUGAGUACUGGGAUUACUUGUUCCCGCCUCUUGUGUGA